GGCCCUGAUUGGGGAAUAAAGGCCCCGCCAGCCUCCUUCCCACCUCUGCUGGUGAAAGGAGCGUCUGGGUCAGGGUUUGGAUCAUGUCCCGGCUGGUGGAAUGUGUCCCCAACUUCUCAGAGGGGAACAAUCAGGAGGUGAUUGACGCCAUCGCUCGAGCGGUGGCGCAGACCCCAGGCUGCACGCUGCUGGACGUGGACGCCGGCCCCUCCACCAACCGCACCGUCUACACCUUUGUGGGGCGCCCUGAGGACGUGGUGGAGGGGGCCCUGAAUGCCGCCCGCGCUGCCCACCAGCUCAUCGACAUGAGCCGACACAGAGGGGAGCACCCCCGGAUGGGCGCCCUGGACGUGUGCCCCUUCAUCCCGGUGAGGGGUGUCACCAUGGACGAGUGUGUGCUGUGUGCCCAGGCCUUUGGCCAGCAGCUGGCAGAGGAGCUGGGUGUGCCAGUGUACCUCUACGGCGAGGCCGCGCGGACGACCAGCCGCCAGUCCCUGCCGGCCAUCCGGGCCGGGGAGUACGAGGCCCUCCCUGAGAAGCUCAAGCAGGCCGAGUGGGCACCCGACUUCGGGCCCAGCUCCUUCGUUCCUAGCUGGGGGGCCACCGCCACAGGGGCGCGGAAGUUCCUCCUGGCGUUCAACAUCAACCUGCUCAGCACCAAGGAGCAGGCGCACCGCAUUGCCCUCAAUCUCCGUGAGCAGGGUCGUGGGAAGGACCAGCCAGGACGCCUGAGCAAGGUGCAGGGCAUCGGCUGGUACCUGGAUGAGAAGAAUUUGGCUCAGGUGUCCAUGAACCUCCUGGACUUUGAGGUCACAGGGCUGCACACCGUCUUCGAGGAGACCUGCAGAGAAGCCCAGGAGCUGAGCCUCCCGGUGGUGGGCUCGCAGCUGGUGGGCCUGGUGCCUCUGAAGGCUCUGCUGGACGCGGCCGCCUUCUACUGCGAGCAGGAGAACCUGUUCCUCCUGGAGGAGGAGCAUCGGCUCAGGCUGGUGGUGAACCGGCUGGGCCUGGACUCCCUGUCCCCCUUCAACCCCAAGGAGCGGAUCAUCGAGUACCUGGUCCCCCAGGACGGGCCUGAGCAACGCCUGGUGGACCAGCCCCUGCGUGCUUUCAUCCGGGCCGUGGGUGCCCGCUCAGCAGCCCCGGGGGGCGGCUCCGUGGCAGCAGCCAGUGCAGCCAUGGGCGCCGCCCUGGCCUCCAUGGCCGGCCUGAUGACCUAUGGGCGGCGCCAGUUCGAGCAUCUGGACGUGACCAUGCGCCGCCUGAUCCCGCCCUUCCACGCCGCCGUGGCUGAGCUGACUGCGAUGGUGGACGCCGACGCCCGGGCCUUCGAGGCCUACCUGAAAGCGACAAAGCUGCCCAAGAACACACCUGAGGACAAGGACAGACGUGAGGCCGCUCUGCAGGAGGGGCUGAGGCAGGCAGUGGCUGUGCCCUUGGCGCUGGCAGAGACGGUGGCUUCGCUGUGGCCGAUAUUGCGAGAGCUGGCCUUGUGCGUGAACCUGGCCUGCAGGUCAGAUCUGCAGGUGGCAGCCAAGGCCCUGGAGACAGCUGUGUUUGGUGCAUAUUUCAAUGUGCUCAUCAACCUGAAGGAUGUCACUGAUGACGCGUUUAAGGACCAGGUCCGCCAGCGUAUCUCCAGUCUCCUGCAAGAUGCCCAGACACAGGCAGCACUGGUGCUGGACCGGCUGGAGGCCCGGCAGGAGUGAUGGCUGAGCGGGGAAUCGACCGACUCCACUCCCCCUUGCAGCUGCUCCGGACACAUCCUGGGGGGGAUAUGAGGGGCAAGGAUAGGGGGCUGUGAGGAGUGGGCAUGGCUGGGGUUGGCAGUGCCAGUAAAGUGAUGACACACUGGUG